UACACGAGUUAUACACACUUUCAACCUUUGGUACACUAGGGUUUUUUGCAUGGAAAAUGUGUUAGACUAAUUUUUAUGUAUAGUUAGUAAUUAAGCAAAAGUGUAAUAAGUUUACGCGGCUAAUGGGAAUUUUGCUUAUUGUUUUCUGAUGUGAACAAAUUCAAUGGGCAGGACGACCGACAAAAAUGGAUAUUACUUGGUUUUAAAGAUGUAAAUUAUGUGGUUAUUUGGGAUGUUUUCUUUAAAAUAAAAGCUCAAAUAUUUGUGCAUCUUUAUUAGGAUAUAAUGUGAAGACCCAGUGUGUUUGAAAUGGACAACAAUUCCUCAAAAUUAACUUGUCCAUUUCAUUUCGUCACAAGACAAUAUAUGUACGGAACGGAAAAGACAAGGGAAGUAACUAGCCACAUAGUUAUCGUUCAAAAUGGAUCCAAAUAACAUUUUUCGCGGUUGGAUAUUAAAGUGACCCUUUUCUUAAUUGAAUAAAUACUUAUUUGCUUAAUUUGUAUAUAGUGACAUUUUUCUUACUCCAUUGAUAAAGUAACGCUUUUCAUUGUUUGACAUACAUGUAUUGUGAAAAAUAGGGACUUUUGAUUGGAUAUCGUGAUUCUGUUCUUAAACAAUUAAACAAUUUGAACUUUGCAACUGAAUGAAUUGCAACUUAACCAGCUUACACGACAAAGCAAACACAAAUUAAAUUAAACAAACAUGUCGCAGUUUAUUGUCUUAUUUCGCCGGCAUGUAACAAUUCAAUCAGUACUUGAUACUGUAUUAUGGCUAGCUGUUGCGAUUCCUGUAUUGAUACUGUUCCUAUAUGGAACACCACACGAACGAGGUUUCCUUUGUGACGACCCAUCUCUCAGCUUUCCUUAUAAGACACCUACUUUGUCUACAUCUUCUCUGUUAAUUGUUAGUGCCAUUGUUCCUCUUCUAGUGGUAUUUUUCAUCGAAGUUGUUAACUGUAUAGACAAAAAAUGUCGGAGUCAAUUCUUCACAUCAGGGAUGGUUUUAUAUAUUGUGAACAUGUAUGCGAUAUUCCUGGUUGGAUUUAUAAUACAACAGGGGGUGGUGGAAGUAAUUAAAAGCAGGAUGGGUGUACUCCGGCCAAAUUUCUUUGAUGUUUGUAAACCACACUUUAACGUCUCCCUAUGCCCAGGCUAUAUCACAAAGUACACGUGCACUGGCUCCGACCUCAUGGAAAUUCGGGAUAGUCGACUAUCGUUCCCAUCCGGUCACUCUUCUCUUGCCAUGUAUAUUGCUGUUUUCUUUUGCGUAUAUAUAGACGACAGGUUACAGAUUAUUAACUCUAACAUAUUGAAACCAUUUCUUCAGUCAGGCCUUGUUUUUAUUGCCGUGCUUUGUGGUGUUGAUAGAAUUAUGGAUAACAAACACCACCCAUCUGAUGUUGUUGCCGGAUUUGUGUUGGGUGUUGUUGUUGGAUUAGCGGUGUAUUACAAGAUUGCAAGGAAUGUGUUACCAGUUAAUGAAACACCUGACAAGUCAGACAAACACGUGAUCAGAGCACGUGAAGCACGAGAAUCACGUGUAUCACGUGACUGUUACACUUACGAUGAGUCUCAGGAAAUGGAACCACAAUCGCCUCUGCCGCUGUUACAACAUGAAAACUUAGACGACACUAAUCCAGAGAAAAAUGGCACAGUUUCAACUCAGAUGUUUUUAGACACGCCUUUUAAAGCUAGACGUCAUUUUUCCACACCCAUUACACCUACGUUUAAAUCUGAAGACGGAAUUUGAAAAUUUGAACGUGAAAUGCUCAGGAAAAGUCAAUCGAUGUUAACAA